CGCGGCCGCCGGCGGCGGCGCCGCCGUGUUACGCCGACGGCUCUCUUCUCCUCCCAAGAUCGCCUUCAUGUUCUUGAUUAACUCCGACAUAGCAUUCGCCCCCGUUUGGGAACUCUUCUUCCGGGGCCACGAGCGGCUCUUCAACAUCUACGUUCAUGCCGAUCCCCUCGCUGAGCUCGUCCUCCCGCCGACCAAAUCAUUCCGCGGACGCUUCAUCCGGGCGAAAUCGACGCAGAGGGCGUCUCCUACUCUCAUCUCCGCGGCUCGCCGCCUCCUUGCUGCCGCGUUACUCGACGAUCCGGCGAACGCUUUUUUUGCCCUAAUUUCUCAGCACUGCAUCCCCCUCCAUUCUUUCAGUUACGUCUACAACGCGCUCAUCUCCGACCCAGAAGUAACUUCCCCCGCCGGUUCCUUUCACCGCCGUCACCGCAGUUUUAUCCAGAUCGUUGCCGAUGAUCCCUUUCUGCACAACCGCUACAUAGCUCGAGGAGACAAUGUGAUGCUUCCUGAGGUCCCCUUUGAAAGCUUUCGAAUGGGGUCCCAAUUCUUUAUCCUUGCGCGACGCCAUGCCCUUCUUGUUGUCCGCGAACGGCGGCUGUGGAAAAAGUUCCGGAUGCCAUGCUUGAAGAAGAUGCGGUCGUCCUGUUACCCGGAGGAGCAUUACUUCCCCACGCUUCUGGACAUGCAGGAUCCUGAGGGCUGCUCUGGAUAUACUCUUACGAGAGUGAAUUGGACUGAUAGUGUUGAUGGGCAUCCACACACUUAUUUGCCUGGUGAGAUCUCCGGGGAUCUCAUCCUCGAUCUCCGGCAAUCCAAUUCCACCUAUUCCUAUCUCUUUGCUCGAAAGUUCUCGCCUGAUUGUCUCAAACCUUUGCUGGCAAUUGCCGAGACUUUUAUCUUCAAAGAUUAGGUUGCAGGUAACGGAGGUUUGAGGAAUGGUGCCGAUAGAAUAAGCAUUGGUUCCUGAAAAAAGGCGGCUUUUUUCUUCUUAUAAUCUUAUUAUUUGCUUGGAAAUAGAUGGGGAGUUAUAUGUACAGUAUUCAUAUUCAGCUUUUAAAGGUUUUAGAUUUAGAUGAAAGAAUUCCCUGUUAUCCAAAGCUUUUGACUUAUUCAAUUGAAGCAUUUUGUAGCAUUAUCCAGCCAGAUUGGGCUUCUGCAAAAU